AUGGAUGCGAUGGAGCCUCAGCCUGCCUUGAAUAUUCGUCACCGAUUAGAGGCACUCCUCACGAACUCAGCUAGGCUGAUCAUCAACUUGACGAUCCUCCUUCUCACAUCGCCUCUACCAACGAACCAUAUUCACAGCUAUGUCAUCUACUAUUUCUUCAGCCCUCUCGAAAGGGAGAAUCGGAUGAUGGAGAUCUUCGAUGGCGCCUAUCUUACGAUCCGAAGGCUACAGUGUAUCGCUGCAAUAGCUUUCUGGUCCUCCAUCGUCUGCUGCUAUCUGUACACGGUCAAUCGACUCCCUAGAGUCCUGGAGCCUUGGGCUAGGUGUGGAAAGAUCCUCUUGAGAUUGUUCGCGCUGGCGAUGAGGUUGAACAUCCUCUUGGCGGUGGUGAAUUUCUAUGGUAUCGAGGUUUCACGGUAUCGGCGGGACUACUUAAAGUGGGAACUAAUGACCCUGGCGCAGCUCUUGGCAAAUUGUGUGGUGACAGUCGUUGAUCAGGUGGGCUAG